CAUGAACUAUUUUUUUCACCUGAAAAUCGGCCUAGUAAAAUGGUGUCUGAUUCGGAAAAAAUAUUGGCGGAAUAAUGGUGAGAACAAGGCAUAAUCGAGACCUUGAGGACGAGUCCGUUGAAACAUUUGAUUCUUUGGAAUCCAGAUCAUCGGCUAGAAGAAGAAAAGACGCUCUGAAGGAAAAUGAAGAUAGUGAUGACAGUGGUGUGAUCAACUUCAACAAGAAAGGAGCCAAUAAAGCCGAAAAUAAAGCACCAAUCAAGAGAGAAUCGCGCUCAACAGCAAAACGGGUUACAUAUGUAGAGGAUUAUUUAGAUGAGAGUGACAGUGAUAUAGAAAUCAAACCAGCUCGAAGAGUAGGGAGACCUCCUAAAGCUAUCCAUGAUGACGAAGACAAUGAUAUACAGAUUGACACAGAAGCAACCAGCGGUGAGGAAGACACCACUCCUGGAUAUUCAACUCGUAAGAAAAGGGCUGGUAGUCCACACUCGCCAAUAAGUACUGGUCUUGGGACAGCAUUUUCCAUGUCUACCAAAGCCCAAGGCAAAUCAAUUUCCCCAAAAGGCCGUGGGCGUUCAAGGCUAGUGCAAGAUGAUGAUGAAGAAGAUGGUGACGAUGAGGAAGAUGACAAGUGUGUUGGUAUGCUGAGGAGAACUAGAAGAAGAGCUGACUAUAAUACCUCAGAUCGUGAAUCGAAGCAAAGGAAGUUAGAAGUAUUAUCUGAGCAUGAAGACGGAUGCAUGCGCCGCAGCUCUAGAACACGUAAGACUUUAUAUGGGACAUACAACCAAGAUGAGAUUAUUAACGGAUAUGGGCUGGAUGAUCAACCACCAAGAAAGAGGGCCCCGAGAGAUGUACACCUUGAAGAUAAUGAGGAAGGUUCUAAUGAGUACACAGAUAUCUACAGCCGCGUGAAGCGCCAGAGGAAACAGGUCAAGAGGGACAUGUACGGGAUGCCUAUUGAAACAGACAAUGAAGAAAAUGAAGAUGAUGGUGACCACAAGGAGGAGGAUGAUAACCAAGACAGCAGUGGUGACGAUGACAAUGAAGACAAUGAUGAUGAAGAAGAUGAUGAGGAAGAUUAUGAUGAUGAUCAAACUUCCCCGCAGAAGGCCCGUAGAUCGUACAAUCUUAGGGAGAACAAACCAAGGACUCAGCUCUACAUUGCUCCUGUCGCGGAGAAGAGACGGCGUAACAAUACACGGUUCCUGGCAGAUGAGAUAUCAGCCUCCCGGUCUCCUGCCAGGAGGAGACGUGUGGAGAAACUGGGAUACCUCUCACCCGCCCGCAAACACAGUCUCGGCAGGGGUCACAAGCGUCGUGCGUUCCAUGGCUCUAGCUCCACAUCCUCCUCCAGUGAGUCGAGCAGUGACGAGGAGAAGUUCCAGAGACGCAAGGCCAAGAGCAUGAUGAAGGCCAGGCAAAAUUUGCUGCCCAUGAACUUCGAGUCUGAUGACAUCAUGAAGUCUUCUCUACUUCGGGACAGACAGAAGAUUGGCUCCAGUUUGGCUGAUGUCGACCCUAUGACCAUUGACAAAACUGUGACGUUUGACAGUGUGGGAGGCUUGGGAAAGCAUGUACAGGCCCUGAAAGAGAUGGUUGUGUUCCCCCUGAUGUAUCCGGAGAUCUUCGAGAGGUUCAAGAUCACCCCACCCAGAGGCGUCCUCUUCUAUGGACCACCUGGUACUGGUAAGACCCUUGUUGCUAGGGCGCUGGCCAAUGAAUGCAGUACUGACGGUCGUCGGGUUGCUUUCUACAUGAGGAAAGGGGCGGACUGCCUCAGCAAGUGGGUGGGGGAAUCAGAACGGCAACUCAGACUGCUCUUUGAUCAGGCUUAUCAGACUCGCCCUUCCAUCAUCUUCUUUGACGAGAUAGACGGGCUGGCCCCAGUCCGUUCCAGCAGACAGGACCAGAUCCACAGUUCCAUCGUCUCCACUCUCCUAGCCCUUAUGGACGGGCUGGACAGCAGGGGGGAGAUUGUGGUCAUCGGGGCCACUAACAGACUGGAUUCUAUUGAUCCAGCUCUCAGGCGACCCGGUAGAUUUGACAGGGAGUUCCUCUUCCCUCUGCCUUCUAUACAGGCCAGAAAGCAGAUCCUGAAGAUCCACACAAAGGAAUGGAACCCCAGGCUGUGUGACAAGUUUGUGGCAGAAGUGGCCGAGAAAUGCACAGGCUACUGCGGUGCAGACAUGAAUGCCCUGUGCACGGAGGUAGCCCUGCUGGCGCUCCGGCGACGCUACCCACAGAUCUACACGUCUUCAGAGAAGCUCCAGAUCGACGUCCAGUCUGUGAACGUCAAUGCUAAAGACUUCCAUAAUGCCAUGCAGCUGAUAGUCCCCGCCUCUCAGAGGUCAGUUACCUCCCCUGCCCGCGCGCUGUCCCCCCAGGUGGCGCCAUUGAUGUCUGGACUACUCAGCAGGGCGCUGACCAUGCUCAACGAUCUCUUCCCCUCUGUGUUGAUGCAGCUACAGAAUCUGGAUGCUCCUGCAACUGAAGCCAGUGCUGGUAAUGGAGGAGGCACUUCCUUGACGAUAACAGAGCUUGACAGCGACGAUGAUGAGAGGAAUGCAUGCAUAUUUGAGCAGAAAAUUGACAAGCGCCGCAAACAGUCCAACAUUCCAGAACUUCCAGAGACUUUCUUGAAUAUUGCAAGAUAUGCAGACCGUCACCCCAGUACCCAUCGGCCCCGUUUCUUGUUGGCUGGUUCCCAGGACCAGGGCCAGACCAGCCACCUGGCGCCGGCCCUGCUGCACCAUCUGGAGCAACUUCCUGUACACAAGUUGGACCUCUCGGCACUGUACGCAGUCAGUGCUAGGACUCCCGAGGAAUCCUGUGCACAUAUAUUCUGUGAAGCCAGACGCACUGCCCCCAGUAUUGUGUACCUGCCCCACGUCAACCAGUGGUGGGAUGUCGUCGGAGAAACAGUGAGGUCAACCAUCGUGACCUUGAUACACGACCUUGACCCCAACAGCCCUGUACUGCUGCUUGCCACCAGUGAAGAGAAAUUUGAAAGUCUGGACUUCAAUCUUCAGGACCUGUUUGACCAGUUCUGUGGUGAGGUACUGGAGAUGUGGAACCCAGGUCGGCAGGAGAGGCGAGACUUCUUCAAGGACCUUCUCCUAAACCAGGCCACACGCCCACCCACACAGAGGAAGGUGGCAGCUGAAAGAUUGCUAGAAGUCCUACCCAAGGCCCCACCACCUGAACCACGAAAGUUGACGGAGAACGAAUUGAGGAAGCUUCAUGAACAUGAGGGGGCAACUCUGACAGAACUUCGUCUAUUUCUUAGGGACGUGCUCAACAAACUCGGCAGGGAUAGGAAAUUCUUUAUAUUCACCAAGCCAGUGGAUAUUGAUGAUGUGCCUGACUACUACGAAAUCAUCAAGAAGCCAAUGGACCUGUCAACGAUGAUGUCCAAGAUUGACCUACACCAGUACCAGAGUGUACAGGAGUUCCUGGGGGAUAUUGAUCUCAUCUGUCUCAACGCCCUGGAGUAUAACCCAGACAAGGACCCCCAGAGUCGAGUUAUCCGACAUCGAGCCUGUGCCUUGAAGGACACAACGAACGCCAUCAUCAAAGCAGAGCUGGAUCCAGAGUUUGAGAAAAUUUGCCUCGGCAUUAUGGAGUCCAGAAAACAGCGAGGUGAGGAAGGCAAGGCAUCUGUCCUUCCCUUCUACCACACACGGCCCCUGGGUCAGGGUCAGGUGCACUCAGAUACCAGCGCCAGACAAUCUACCUCACAAGACAAUUCAACCAGGGACUCAAACCUGCGCCCCACUCGCAAACAUAGGGACGUAUCUUCACAGGGCGCUAUUCUAGAAGAGCUGCCUUCAUUGGAGGAAGUGGAGCGUAAUGCUCGAGCACAUCGCAGUCUGCUUCGGCAACAAAACUCUCCAAAGAAGGUCGAAAACGACCAAGCCACUCCGCGAGAUCAGCUCAAGAAAAACACUCCCAGUUCUCGCGAUUUCUCAGGGAAAGAACGAUCUCUAAGUUCACAGAGCUCAGGAAAAAAAUCAUCUCCUCAUAAAACACCAUCAUCAUCAUCCAUAAAGAAGCCUGCCAAAAAAGACAUCUGGGGUUCAGGCAGUUAUAAAAGUAGAAAAAGACGCUUUAAACGUAGACGAAUUGACAGCGAUAAUGAGAAUGAUGAUGUCGAAGAUGAUAUGGUCGAGUUGCCUAAUGGUGAGGAUGACGAUAAUGAGGAUGGUACUAAUAUAGACUAUGACAACAAUGUAGAUAUGGAAGAGGAAAGUGAAAGUGUCAAUAAUAGAUCUCCUGAUCAUGGGAACAGAAGGCAGGAAGCAAAGGAUAACGAUCACGGUGAUAAAGACAAUGGUACUAGUUUGCUCAGCAUCGAUGUUCAAGACACUAAUUCAAAGGACAACAAAUCACCUCAGCAUUCACCCAGGGCCAGUCAACGAUCGCCAAGGUCUGAGGGUCAACGGUCACCAAGGGGUCGUUUACAGGCAUCAGAACCGUCUUCCGGUUUGGACUCGAAAAGACGCAUAUCAGCAGACUCGAGAUCUAAGUCCCCGAGAUGCUCAGAUCAGACUUUGUGUCAGGAUAACCAGUCUAAAGAAUCUGCUGGAACAGUUAGAUCACCUCUUGGCAUAAAAUGUAAUAAACAGAGCUCAGUUGACAGUGGGGAUAGUGGAGUACAUUCAGAGAUCAUCUCGUCUUCUCAGGGCAAACCUCUGGCUCAAAAUCACUUAUUGAAUGGUUUUGUGGAUAGUGGUAUUGGUACCUCGGACAGUAGCAAUGAUAGCGUGGGGAAGAUUAGAGCUGUUGGCACCAGCAAAGCUGAGGAAUCUUCUAAGAGCUUGGUUGUUGUCACAGAACCAAUGGAGGAAGACUCACACACUGAAACUCAGACGCCAGCUAAUGCUCCGUCCUCGCCUGUGUUCCAUCUGACCCGUGCACGUGUGCAGACUAAAGCCCAGGAGCACGCUGCCACAGUCAUCAGCGAGCUUCAGCAACCCUUGGUCAUCGAUCGUGAACGUCUCGUGCGCCUACUGGACAGAUGUGUCGAGCUAACAGAGGAGUAUACCGUCCCUAUGCUGGAGAAACUGUACAGCCUGUUUGGCCAGUGUAUCUACCAGCAACGUCUCGAGUAUAACAAGACUCCGCUAUUGGAGGACAUGGAGCAAAAGCUUGUGCGGUUCACAAACGGAAUGUCACAGAGAAUGAAACUGCACAAAUCCAGAGCUCUGUCAUAAAAUCAUGAAACUUUCAUCAGGUUUCAGGGGCUUUAUUUAUAUAUAUAUAUAUUUAUAGAGGCCUUACCUUUUGAGGUCUUUCCUACUUUGCUACAAUUAUUGUCAUCAUUUCAUAACUCAUGAAUUUACCGUUUCUCAUAAUUUGCUGUGAAUGGUUGUUGUGGUUCUUGUUUAUUUAUGAGAGAAAUGUGAAGAAUUAAUGCCACUGAAUUGUUUAAAGAACAGACUUGCCUUGUCAGAUAACCUAUUGAUACAUGUAUUUACUUACCAUUUGGUAAUUUGUUUUUUUGAGAGGCAAAUAUUAAGAUUAUAUUCCGAGGCUGCAUACAAUUGUUAACCCUUGACCCCUUAGAUACGCAUUUUGACACAUAUGUGGUCCCUUAAAAAGUUAUAUUUAAUUAAAGACCUUUCUUACUAAAUUCAAGUUUUAAAAGCUUCAUUUCCUACCAUUAUAAACUGAUGAGCAGCAAACAGCAUAAAACUUUAUAAACAGGCUGUUCUGGUUUUAUGCUGUUUGCACAUAGCCAUUUUCACUUUGCUUCUGAGUGGGAAAGGAUUAAUAUGUUAUUGUACUGUAAUAUAAAGAAAUCAACGGAUAAAGCCUGUUCAUUGUUUAUUUCAUGUCACUUAA